CUUCAGUCGGAUGGCCAUUGUUGUAUAAACUGAACUUUUGUAGUUGAAAUCCGAUAAUAUUCUUUGAAGUAUUGUGAAAGAUGAGAAAACUAUAAUAUUUUGAGAACUUGUUGAUGGUUGUAAAUCAAGAAACGGUGUUUUGUAUAUAUAGGCAAGCAGUAGUUGUUAUUAUCCUUGAUAAACAUACGCAAAUAGAAUUACAUUGUUAUGUCUUUGAAUCAUCGUAAAGACUUUUAGGCAACAAUAAUUUGUGUGAUCGGAAAAAAUUGUAUCCUACUAACUGUGGCAACGAUGGCCCUCAGACGACCAUACUGCAAUAAAUCGAGUAACUAACUUUGAUGUGGGACUCAUCCUCUAAUAAUCAGAUCAGUCGAUAACUUAUUCAAGGCUUAGUAGAUAGCUGUGUUUUCGUGUCUGCUGCUAGAUAGAUGAACGGCCUCCACUUAUUGAAUUUUCGGUUAAUAGACAAUUCAAUUAGGGGCCGUAAAAAGGGGCCAACUACACCAGCAAAUGGAAGUUCACAUGUCAAAUUGCCUGUAAGGGUCUUCAUAUAGCAUGAGAGAGUUUGAUGUAUUGUCACAUUAAUUACAAUAUAUUGUAGGGUCGUUUAAGGGGCUUGUUGUUAUAGUUAGUAGGAUACAACAUUUUCGAUCACACAAAUUCUUGUUGGUUUGAAUUCAUUAUGAUUUUUGAAAGACAAAUGCAUGUGAUUCCAUAUGCGUAUGGUUUUUUCGACUUUCGUGGAGCACCACAUAUCCGUUUUCUACUUUGACCAGUACUCUCAUCUAGAUUUUCUCAAGUAUAUACAAUUCAUAGUUCACCUAUAUAUACAUAACACCAUUCCUUGAUUACAACCAACAACAGAUCUUCAAAAUACUUCUUGAAAGGGUUUUUUUCCUUCACCUCACCUCUAAGCAAGAUUCAGUUGACACAAAGAUGGCAAUCCGCCAAAUUUUGAGACGAUCUUUAUCGAGCGAAAGAAGAUCGGUUGAAGUCCCAAAGGGGCAUUUAGCUGUUUAUGUCGGGCAAAAUGAAAAGAAGCGUUUUGUUAUUCCGUUGUCGUAUUUGAACCACCCUUCAUUUCAAGAAUUGCUAUCUCAUGCCGAAGAAGAAUUUGGAUUCCAUCAUCCAACGGGAGGAUUAACCAUUCCUUGUAGCGAAGAUGUAUUCGUUGAUCUUACAUCUCGUUUGAGCAGAACAUGAUUGAUUGUAUACACGAAUAGAUAUGUUUAGGAAUAUCACAGUUUUGUAAAGAUUAGUGUUUCUAUAAGAAAGAUUCUUAUUCUUGAUUCAUAUCCUUUAUACACACAUACAUGAUAGUUUUAUGCGGGAAAGAGAUGUAUACAACCACAAAA